AUGCAUCUCAUUCUUACGGGUGCGACCGGCCUGGUCGGCUCUUCCGUGCUUGACGCCAUGUUCAAAAACACGAAUAUCUCUAAAAUUUCUAUCCUUAGUCGGAGACCGGUUGCGAUGGCAGAAGAUGCGAGAGAUUCGCGGGUUCGGGUAAUUACCCAUCGAGAUUUUGGAUCUUACGAACCUGAGCUUCUGGAUCAACUGAAAGAUGCCGACGGGUGUGUUUGGGCUUUGGGAACGAGCCAGAACAAUGUCAACCAAGAGGAAUACGUCAAAAUCACCAAGGACUACGCCCUUGCUGCGGCCAAUUCAUUUUCAACCCUCAAGACUACGCAGCAUCCCUUCCGAUUCAUCUAUGUAUCUGGCGAGGGAGCCACACAAGCUCCGGGGCAAUUUUCUCCAAUUUAUGCCCGGAUAAAGGGCGAAACCGAGAAACUCCUGGGAGAUUUGUCAGAGAAAAGCCCACAAAUUCGAGUGGACAGUAUGAGGCCUGGUUUCGUUGACCCGGCAUCGCAUGGCACUAUAAAGCCGUAUAUUCCGAGCCAGGGGCUUAUCCCGAGGAUUGGAGUGUUAUUUUUUGGCCCACCUGUACGGCACUUUUACAAACAACUGCAUAGUCCGACGGAGCGUCUAGGGCCGUUCUUGACGGAUAUGGCGAUGGGUCGGAUAGACGAGAAGCUCGAAGGUGCGGGGGCAUUCAAGCUUGGGGGAGGCUGGGUAGUAGAGAAUAGUGGUAUGCGGAGGAUACUGGGAUUAUGA